AUGUAGAGAAUAUUACCCUAUGCAUUUCAUGGAUUAGAUUAUUUAUAUGAGCCACAACUGGCAAGAUUCUAUAAUCUAAUCCCUGCAUUUUAUACUUAAAAACUCGGAGAAGGAUUUUUGAAUCAAACAACUUAAGUCUAUUCAUCAUUAUUACAAUCUAUUGCAGAAUAAGACAAAGAGUUUUUAAAAUAAAUUCUAGAGCCAAAGUUAUACCAUGCCACAUCCCAUUGUAUGGAUUUGUUAGAGCAAAAACAGCUAAAGCUAUAAUAUGUCGAAUAGGAUCAAUUAGAAAAUGAAGAUAAGUAAGAUCAAGAAGAAGAGGAAGAAACUUAAUAGCCUUAAUAGUAGUUUAGUUUCUUUUCAAAAAAGAUUUAAAAGAAUUAAAGCAAUAGUUCACCUUAUCACAUUUAUUAAGAAAAAGAUUAUAAAUGCAAUAUCGAUGUUAGAGGGGUCUUUGGAGUGAAAAUUAAUAGAAUUGAAAACUAGAAUACUCGAUUUUUUUAGAUUCCUGCUUUUCCUGUCACUCCAAGGAAUUAUUUUGUUAAUAUUAAAAAUCCAUUCGGUCUUUAUGAAAACUAAAUUAUAGUUGCUAAUAUAUUAAUCCACACAAGUAAGAAAUUAAUUGCAGUUGAUGAGUAAGGAAAAGUAGUUCAUGGCAAUUCUGAUAACAAUUAAUUUUAAUAUCAUAAAUUAAGAUUAGAAUCUUAUGUACCAAAUUUUAAUUGGGUAAUCACUGAUAUAGAUGAUUAUCUCAAAGGAAAUCCUUAUUUUUGA